CUGGCCACGUCUCCGGGCCACGUCGCUGGGUGCCCGUUGAGCUCUCGCCAUCUUCGGUCCCCGGCUCCGGGCUCCCCUGCCUCCGCCAUGAACAUCUUCCGCCUCACCGGGGACCUGUCCCACCUGGCGGCCAUCAUCAUCCUGCUGCUCAAGAUCUGGAAGACCCGCUCCUGCGCCGGUAUUUCUGGGAAAAGCCAGCUUCUCUUUGCUCUGGUCUUCACUACCCGUUAUCUGGAUCUCUUCACUUCAUUCAUUUCAUUGUAUAACACAUCUAUGAAGGUUAUCUACGUUGCUUGCUCAUAUGCCACUGUAUACCUGAUCUACAUGAAAUUUAAGGCUACCUACGAUGGAAACCAUGAUACAUUCCGAGUGGAGUUUCUGGUGGUUCCUGUUGGUGGACUCUCGUUUCUUGUCAAUCAUGACUUCUCCCCUCUAGAGAUCUUGUGGACCUUCUCUAUCUACCUUGAAUCAGUUGCUAUCCUCCCCCAGCUUUUUAUGAUUAGUAAAACUGGAGAAGCAGAGACCAUCACCACUCACUAUCUUUUCUUCUUGGGUCUGUACCGUGCCUUGUACCUAAUCAACUGGAUUUGGCGCUACUAUUUUGAAGGAUUCUUUGACCUCAUAGCUGUUGUUGCUGGUGUGGUCCAGACCAUUCUUUACUGCGACUUCUUCUAUUUGUAUGUUACAAAAGUACUAAAAGGAAAGAAGCUAAGUUUACCAGCGUAAGUGCCAAAAAUCAUCACCAGCAUCUGUCCUUUUGGGUGCUUGGACAGAACAAUCCUUACCACAAGCAAAGGUGAAGAUGCUUGAGACAGAAAGUCA